AUGUCUCAUCCAGUCAUAUCAGAAUUCGACAUUAUCUUUGCUGGAGGCGGUACCACAGCUUGUGUUGUCGCAGGCCGCCUGGCUGCAUGGGACCCCUCGCUUAGUAUCUUAAUUCUCAAAGGGGGCCAACACACGCUUAAUCAAGCUGUGCAUGUGCAGCCUUACCGAUUUACAAGCCACCAUGUGCCCACAAGUACCACCAUGACAUUCAACGUUGGAAAUCCAAGUCCACGUCUCAACGGUCGUGCUCCGAUCGUUUCGUGCGCCCAUUGCAUUGGUGGAGGGUCAAGUGUGAAUACUAUGGUUUACACUCGUGCGCCUGCCUCAGAUUUUGAUGACUGGGGAGCCGAUGGGUGGGAAUCUAAGAACUUGAUUCCCCUCAUGAAGAAGCUGGAGACAUAUGAGGUGCAGCCCGAUCGCCCAACCCACGGGUACGGUGGACCUAUCAAAGUGUCCUAUGGUGGAUGCAAACUACGUGCUAGCGAAGAGUUUCAUCCGUGUUGGCACGACAUAAGAAGGUACAUUGACGGGACAACCGGAAGGCGUUCUGAUGCAGCCCACCACUAUGUCUACAACCAAGCUCACAAUGCAAAUUUGCAGAUAUGGGUCGGCAAGCGCGGAGCGGUGAUCUUCCGAGAUAAGCGUGCCGUAGGUGUCGAGUUCACCAGCGAUCCAGUGUCUUGCCCAGACGCAGGUCAGUCAUCAAGUAUCGUAAGAGCAUCGAAGCUUGUUGUUGUCACUGCUGGGGCGUUCGGCUCGCCAGCCAUUCUCGAGAGGUCUGGCAUCGGUGCCGAAGCGAUUCUCAAGCGGUGCGAUAUACAGCAACUGGUGGACUUGCCUGGCGUCGGAGAAAAUUAUUGCGGGUUAAGAGAUCACAACAUCGUCUCUGUUCCAUACUUUUCUGCUGAUGGAGCUGUUACUAUGGAUUCCCUCUGGCGUGGGAAGGAGUGUUGUCCAGGUCCCUUUAACCGCCAGGGAAAUAUUAUAGAACACCUGGCGCAAUGGAAAAUUAAUGGCAAGUCACUUAUUGCCCAAAAUGGAACCGAUGCAAAAAUCAAAUGGCGUCCUGACGAUGACGAGCUGAAAGCCAUGGGUUCAAGCCUUUCAACCACGAUGGAAGGAUUGUACCCCGCGUCCGCCGGCAGUAUUCAUAUCAAAUGGGACGAGAACGGCCAGGAAGGAAUCGACUUCAAUACAGGCUACCUGAUGAUCCAUCCGAUAUUGUACCUCUUAACUUUGGAUACAAAAAGAUGCGCGAAAUUCUUCGACGGCAUGCCUUCAUACAGAGGUGAAGUCCCCGCCGGCCAUCCUUGUUUCCCAGAGGGAAGCGCUGCAGUCUGCAGAGAAACGACCGGUCCGGUGGACUUGAAUGCGCCUGACUUAAUCUACACAGCAGAAGAUGACGAGGCGAUCGAUCGAUACAAUCGUGACUGCGGUAUGUCGCAUCCCUAUCAUUAUCAAACGACAUGGCAUUCGCUCGGAACUUGCGCCAUGAAGCCGAGGGCAGAUCAAGGGGUUGUUGACGCUCGGCUAAACGUCUACGGCGUGACAAACCUCAAGGUUGCGGACAUGUCAAUUGCGCCGAAAAAUGUUGGCACAAACACAUAUUCGACAGCGCUUCUCAUUGGAGAGAAGGCUGCGAUGAUCAUUGCUGAUGAGCUGGGUAUUGAAUGCAGACCAUACAAACGUGUCUCGAAAUAG